AUGCCGGUUUGUCGCCGGACACCACCGGCGAAGCGCGCCGAGAACGACCAUUUGAUCAAGAACUCGUUCAACGUCACGUCCCAGGGCGGCGAAGACGGCGUGCUCGAGCGCGUCUUUUCACGCCUCGAUGCGCACGAAGGCCGGUCGUCGGGUGCGGGGCGGUGGUGCGUCGAGUUUGGCGCGUGGGACGGGAAGCACCUCUCCAACACGUGGAAGCUUCUGCACGAAGAGGGCUGGCGCGGUGUGCUCAUCGAAGCCGACACGGACCGCUUUCUGGAAAUGCAAGCCAUGUACGCGCCGUUUCCGGGCGUUGCGUGCGUCAACCAGUUUGUCACGUUCGAAGGACCCGACUCGCUCGAGGCCAUUUUGGCCCGCCACGAGGUGCCACGCGACGUGGAUCUGGUGUCGAUCGACAUUGAUGGCGCGGAUUACCACAUCUGGGACAGCCUUCGCACGUACGCGCCCAAGGUCGUCGUGAUCGAGUUUAACCCGACGAUUCCGAACAACGUGGUCUUUAUCCAAGACAAGGACAUGUCCGUCUACCAAGGCUCGUCCCUCGCGGCGCUCAUCGAGCUCGGCAAGACCAAAGGCUAUGAGCUCGUGAGCACGACGACGUUCAACGGCGUUUUUGUCCAGCGUGAACUCUACGACCUCUUUGGGAUUGCCGACAAUGCGAUCGACAAGAUGCACGAUGUGUCCAUGGGCACCGAGUUCUUCCAGCUCUACGACGGCACGCUCAAGAUCACUGGUGUCAAGAAGCUCCUUUGGAAGAAGCAGCCCAUUCUCGAGAAGGAUCUCCAGGUACUGCCACCGUCCGAGCGGCGGUUCCCGCUGUCGCCACCGUCCGCGACGCUCGAAGCUGCGAUUGCUGCCGCCGACGCGCACUUUGCUACCGAGGCGACGCCCGCGGCCUACUUUCUCGACUUGGCGCAGCAGUGGAGCCUCCACAUCACGUACCCGCAUCCCGAUUUACAACGUUUGGCGGGGUUCGCCCUCGCACGUGCGGCCGACGAAGGUGCGAUGGCGGCUGCUGUCUUUGAGAUCUACCUCGACCACGCUCGGGCGCUCUUUACGAAGAACGAACCCAGCAGCGCGAUUCCGUGGCUCGAAGAAGCCUUGUACUUGCGCGCGUCGCUUGCCGUUCAGAGGGCGCCGGUGAUGGCGUUGCUCGGCGAGGCCUACAUCCGGUGCCACGAGUACGCCAAGGCCGAGCUGUGGCUCCAGACGGCCCACGCCCUCGACCCGGCGGCGAAAACGACCCUCAAGUCACUCGCAAAACUCUACACAAAGCAAGGCGACGCCGCGCGCACCGAGGCGGUCGUGCGCCAGCUCAAGGCGCUCUAACUCGACAUGUACAUUUGCGUCAGCAUGAUCGAGAGCGUCACGUAGGCCUCAAUCUUCUCCUUCACCAUGAGCAUAAAGGCCGCCGAGAGCGCGCCCUACAAUCAAAAGUGAGCAACGAGCGUCG